GCCAGUAGUAGCAGCAGAAGCAGCAGCAGCAGUAGUAGCGAUGUGAGCCAGAAACGGAACUCUGGUGCGGUGCUUCAGGUCGACGCGGCCUCUGGCGCCGGAAAGCGGCGACAUGGACAGUGUGACGACGGACUGCUGUGCGGCCGAGGAGGACGACUGUCCGGAUGCGGAGGUUCCGUGUCUGAUGAGAGUCGGGAAAAACUCGGGCUGGCUCCGUUUGUUCGAGGACGCAGAGAUCACCGUGGGACGCGGCGUGGAGGUAACCCACCAGCUGCUGUCCUCCACCUGCCCUCUCAUGAUCUCCAGACUGCACUGCUCCUUCAGGCAAAGGGAGGACGGCCAGUGGACGGUGAUAGACAAGAAGAGCCUCAACGGCGUGUGGGUGAACGGAGAGCGGAUACCUGCGGAGAAGCCCCACCUGCUCAGACUCGGAGACUCUAUCCAGCUCGGGGUUCCUCUGUUAGGAACCAAAGUGGAGUUCGACUACGUCCUCAUCCGGCGGCCGCUCAAAGACAUUAGCCCCUACGUGGUAAGGGGACACGGGGAGGACCCCAGAGCGGCGCACACGCCCGCACACAAAAACUUCAAGCGGAAGCUGGGCGUCGAAGAGGUCGAGCCCUCUACCUCAAAGCCUAAACUCUACCGCUGCUCCUCUGGAGACAUGUCCUUCGCAAAGCCCUGUCCCCUGUCUCCUCCGAAGCCGAAGCAGCGGCUCUGUCUCUCGCAGCCGGAGGGGACCGCGUCCAGCGGCCAGGUGCACGAAGGGGAGCAGCCGUCCGAUGGCUCCGGUUCUGCCUGGGACCUUGACAACCUGCAAAUGUACAGCCAGAACAUCCUGCUGCUGAGGGAGCAGGUCAACGACACGCAGAGGCAGGUGGAGUCUCUGGGAGGAGAGCCCCAACAGGCGGACCCUCUGCGGGGGGAGCAGGUCCGGGAGCUGCAGGGUCAGCUGCAGGCGCUCAGAGCUAAAAUGCACCGCAUGGAGACACUAGAAAGGUCCUUCAGCGAAACAAAGAAACAGUUGGAGCAGGAGCAGAAAACGCAACAGCAGGAGGAGCUCAUGAAAAAGCAGCUUGAAGAGGCCUUACACGAGCAAAAGAAGGUCAUAGACGAACUCGCCCUCUCUCGAAAUCGCUUUGAGGAAAUUAUAUCAGCUAAAAACAAAGAACUAGAAGUAACGAAGGAGGAGAAAGAGAAGGCGAGGGCCCAGAAAGAAGAGGUAGUGACUCAAGUCACCGAAGUCCUUGAGAACGAGCUUCAGUGCAUCAUCUGCUCAGAGCUCUUCAUCGAGACCGUCAUCCUGAACUGCGCCCACAGUUUCUGCUGCUACUGCAUCAAGCAGUGGCGCAACAAGAAAGACGAGUGUCCCAUCUGCCGGCAGGCCAUCCAGUCCCAGACCCGCUGCCUGGCCCUGGACAACUGCAUCGACCGCAUGGUGGAGAACCUGAGCCUGGACAUGAAGGCGCGGCGGCAGACCCUCAUCACCGAGAGGAAAGCGGCCGCCAGCGCUGAGGUGACGGUGAUCUACGAUGACGACAGUAGCAGGAGCAGCGACAGUAGCAUGGUGUCCACAAACAGCAGCUCUGUGGUCUACGUGGAGACGGACAGCAGCAUCCAUUCGGACUCUGAGGACAGUUUUGACGGAUUUCUAGAUUAGAACCAUUUCUUUUUUUCCAUCUCUGUCGGCUGGAACGUGAACUGAACUUUGUAGAGUUAUAGGAAUCCCUGGUAUUUGUUUUGGGGAUGUUUAGGAUUUAGUACAAAAAGCCUUUGGUCUCGUCGUUAGUCCCCAAAGGUUCCUUGUGUUUAAUGUUUGUUUUUGUAACAAGAUAAUUUCAGUUAUUGUGUGGAUUUCCAGCGAAAGAAAUAAAGUUUCUUGCUAUGCAUUUUCACCAUCA